GCUGCCGCGCCGCCGCCGCCUCAGCCUCGUCCUCCACGGGCCCAGGCCGCUGUCGCUGCCGCCGCCGAGCACCGCUGCCGCCGAGCACCAUGGGAGACGCCGGGAGCGAGCGCAGCAAAGCGCCCAGCCUGCCUCCUCGAUGCCCCUGCGGCUUUUGGGGGUCCAGCAAGACUAUGAAUCUCUGUUCCAAAUGCUUUGCUGAUUUUCAGAAGAAACAACCAGAUGAUGACUCCACUCCCAGUACAAGCAACAGCCAGUCAGAUUUGUUUUCCGGAGAAAUGAACAGUGACAACAGCAAUACCUCUUUACCUACACCGACUGUUAACUCCAGCCAGCAACAGCUUUCGACAGAAUUGAAUGUAACUUCCACAGGCAAAGAGGAGUGUGGGCCAUGCACAGAUAUAGCUCAUGUCUCAUUAAUCACGCCAACCAAAAGAUCCUGUGGCACAGAUUCACAGUCUGAGAGUGAGGCUUCCCCAGUGAAGCGGCCAAGGCUACUGGACAGCAACGACCAACCUGAGGAAGCCGGCCGUUCUAAACAAAAGAGUCGGCGCCGCUGCUUCCAGUGCCAGGCAAAACUUGAGCUGGUCCAGCAAGAACUGGGAUCAUGUCGCUGUGGUGAGUGUCCUCCUUCAGUACGUGGUGGGAGCCAAGGUUUUCUUGAGGGUUAUGUGUUCUGUAUGUUACACCGCCUCCCUGAGCAGCACGACUGUACGUUUGACCACAUGGGCCGUGGCCGCGAGGAAGCCAUCCUGAAAAUGGUGAAACUGGACCGGAAAGUGGGGAGAUCCUGCCAGCGCAUUGGGGAGGGCUGCUCCUGAGUGCAAAACUCGGCAGCCACGCCCUGUUCCUAGUUCACUAAUGUUAGCCUUAUUUAGGACAGAGUCAGCCAGACACCUUGUACUGGGCACGUUUCAGACUACAGCCAGUCCGUUUCCUUUCUUUAGCCAGCCGUCCUGGUACUGUAGUUUAGGGGUUGAUGGUGGUUGAAAUUGAUUUCUGGCUGGUUGCGAAGGUGCCUGCUAGCCACUGUAUAAAAUUAAAACAUGAAGAAUAUUUUUUUUUGAGCAUGGCUAGUGGAUUUAAAACAAAACAAGCAGAUGUCAUUGCUGGAGUCAAAACUUAUAAAAAGCCUUAAGCUGAAAAUGGUCCAGACAGAGACUUUAAGUAAAUCGAGGAGUAGAAGCUGGUGUUUAAAACAGUUCCUGAGACGCACAUGGCCUUGCCAGAAACUCUGUGUUUAAUGUACAGCCUUUUCACCUCUCACUUACCCUUAAUCCCGGCCCCAGCAGCCAGAGCUCCCUGUCGGCCCCUCGUGCCUGGGCUGCUCGUGGCUGCCAGCUGGCCCACUCCUAGGAGGCUGGAAGGCAGGGGCAGUGGGAGGAGGGCAAAACUUUUAUGCCAGACCUACCAUGGAAAAAUCUGUCUUAUCACUUGGAGAAGAAAAAAGAGAGAGAGGGCCUUGCUUUGAAUAUUAGCUCCACCCCAGACUAGUCUGCAAAAUGCAUUUUUCUACCUAGGAUCUAUAGACUCUGUAUUGGUCUCGUUUGACCUGAUUGGAUCAGUUCUGACCAGGGAAACUGAAACCUGACUAACUCUUACUUACCAUUUGCUGGGUGCAAGUAUCUGAUAAUUGGUUCAGUAAGGCUAAAUCACAGCACAGCGGCCAUGGGGAUGGCAGGGUUUGCAGACAGUUCUUUGUAGCUAGACUUCACUGUUGGUGGUAAGGGACAGGGGAGGUGGGUGCAAGGGGGCACACAUUUCAUAGCAAACAGAAGUCAGUAACAGUAUUGGGGAACAGCUAAGGAGCAGCUGCUGCCAUCAGAGUUUGUCUUUUCACCUUCAGAGUGUUACCAGGAUAGUCACAUGGGCUCGUCGCCUGUUUCUGUGCAGCCUCAUGGUAUAAGGUACUGUCACGUGCAGUAGGAGAAUAUGACACGUAUUACCAGAAUCAGGAAGGUUGGGAUCUCCUGCAAGCAACUGUUGUGGGCCAGGGACAUCCAAGCACACUUGCUGAGCCUAAAAUUACAAAAGGGCCCCAGCAUGUCUCCUAAUAUGGGCACAGGGGAGGUCCAUUGCUAUAGGCCAGGCCUGGGUGGAAUUGGACUGGAUAGGCAAGAAGGGAAGCAGAAGAGAGGGAAUUAGCUUGUUUCCCAUGAGUUGCAAGGGAAUUAUCAACCAGGUACUGUAGCAAAAAUGGAGAGGGAAGGGAAGGGAAAGAAGGGAGGGGAUGAGGAUGAAGAUGAGGACUGGGAAUGAGUGGGUGGAGGGAGAGAUUAGAAUCACCUGGAACUUGAAAUAUUGGGCAAGGUUAAGAUGGUACAACUUCAAAAUCAUUUCAGUCGUGUGGACAAUAAGAGGGUCCCCCUAAGAGGCCACUUGGGUGUCCCUGUACUUAGGCUGCUAAAAUAGUUUCUCCCAGCAACUUAGGUUUUAAAAAGAAAAGAGGCCAAUGAUAUGUUUGCAAAUCAACUACAGUGAAAGACCUGGGAAUUAGAAAUGUUUCUUCAUAGGAAAUAAUGCUCUUUUCCCCCUCUUCCUUUGCCCCCCCCAAAAAAGUCCUUUAUAAAAGUCUUCAGCCUUAAUAUUUUUCAUAAUAAUGGUGUUAGCUCCUCAGUGGAGGAGGGGGAGGAGAUCUAGUUGAUUUGGUCCCCACACCUACCACUUUUCUAAAACAGCCUCAGCACAAACUGUCCACUAAGUUAUCCACAGCAGCCUCCCGUAUGUCUCGCUCUGGGGAUACUGGACCCGAGCUCUCCAUUGCCUUCCAAGAGCCUCCAUCUACUGCCCUUUGCUGUGCCUGCUUGGCCAUUCUUUGGCCCUGCUGGCUUAGAGGUGGCACAGGGGAGAAGCUGCCUUGGCAAGCAGGCCCUGGUGCGUUAUGGACAAUGUUCACUCUAUUGAUAGUCAAGGUUGGGGCUGGGAGAGGAGGUAGGGCCCGUUCCUCCGAAGUAUCUGUUCUGUGGACUUUGUUAAAUGUAAGGAAAGCUUGAAUACUUGUGACUUUAAAAGGAAACAAAAUCUUAUUUAACCCUUUUGUGUUCUAGAUUUACUUACACACGUAGCCUAGAACUCCGUUUUAGUUUAACAUUGUGAAAAUAUUAAAAGAAUCUUGUAACUUAUUCCUUUUUUUUCUCCUGCUGAAAAAAAAACCCAUUAAACCAAUCAGAUUAAAGUUUGAAUUCCUCUCUAUGUCACCAGUUCUCUGGAUGUGUCCCAGGCCUGCUAGGGGCUGUCUGGGGGACUGCAAAGCACAGAACCCAUACCAAGGCGAAGGCUUUUUGUUCUGACAAGAGCUUCUUAUCUCCAGGUCACCAAUUGCAAAAUCUCCUUUGUAGAUGUGUCUGGCCCUAAAUUUUCUGUAGGGUGAUGUGAUCCUGGUAAAUUGAGUCUUAGUGGUGACUUAACACAGUUGCAUAGCUCUUACAUUUUGUCCCUGCCCCCUGAGAGCUCCUUCGUAACUCAGAUCUGCCCACCUUCACAGCAGCCAGAUGUCCCGGCAGCACAGGCUCAAGAGUGGGGGUGGCAGUGGGUGGGUACAGCCUGGUGCCUAUCUCCAUCCAAGUUGUGUAACCCAAAGAGAGCCCGUUUUUUCUACACUUAGUUGGCAUUGAAAUUAAACCUGGAAAUUUGAAAACAUG